AUGGAAACAGCAGUGGUGGUGCACUUUCUUUGCUAUUUUUUCAUACCAAUUUGUUGGUGCAGUGGCAACAUAGUGCAGGCUAUUGAAUUACCUAAGUACACAUUGAUGCUGUCUGAAUCAGAUUUUCAGAUUAGACUCUACAAUGAAUCCACAUGGAUAUCAGCCCAUGUUUCUGGAACUUCCUUCUACCAGUCCUACAAAACUGGAUUUCAAAGGCUAUACCAAUAUAUCCAUGGUGCGAAUUCGAAUUCUUCAAAAAUGGCAUUUACUGCUCCAGCCUUAACAAGUGUGCCCUCGUCAUCAUCAGCCGUUGGGGAUGGCUAUAUUGUAAGAAUGUUCAUAUCAACUCGGUUUCAGGGGAAACCUCCGCUGCCGAAUCCUGAACUGAAGCUGCGGAUAGAGAAGUGGAAAACUCAGUGCAUAGCAGUUAGGAAGUUCAGUGGGUAUGCCAAUGAUGAUAACAUUAAUAAAGAGAUCGAAGCACUUUUAACUACCCUAAACAACCAUUCGUUAACAAUACAAGAUACGGACUACAUCAUAUUGGAAUAA